GAGGUGGAGGAAAAGGGAUUGUCCGUGAGUCAACACCGAAAACGUGAUUAGGAGGAACUGCUUUCACUAAUCUGUUUCUAACCUUUCGGUCCAUGUUGGCCUGUGACCUCUCUCAGCUUUCACAUCCAGCCUGAUCAGACCACAAUCCUGGUUUCCCUAUGGAAGCAACUGUUUGUAUCUGGCUUUGAGGUCCCAUGGAGAAGCCGGGGAGGGGGAUGGCUCUUCGUAUCCAUGAAGCCUGGGUACUUCUGUUUGUGCUCCCUGCUUUGGUCACUCCAGCUGCCAUCAAUCAUGAAGACUACCCGGCUGAUGAAGGGGACCAGACCUCCAGUAAUGACAAUCUGAUCUUUGAUGAUUACCGGGGGAAGGGCUGUGUGGAUGACAGUGGCUUCGUGUACAAACUGGGAGAACGUUUUUUCCCAGGACAUUCCAACUGUCCCUGUGUCUGUACUGAGGAUGGACCUGUUUGCGAUCAACCAGAAUGCCCUAAAAUCCACCCAAAGUGCACAAAAGUGGAACACAAUGGAUGCUGCCCGGAAUGCAAAGAAGUGAAAAACUUUUGUGAAUAUCAUGGGAAAAAUUACAAAAUCUUGGAGGAGUUUAAGCCCUCGCCAUGCGAAUGGUGUCGCUGCGAGCCCAGCAAUGAAGUUCACUGUGUUGUAGCAGACUGCGCAGUUCCCGAGUGUGUCAACCCAGUCUAUGAACCAGAGCAGUGUUGUCCUGUCUGCAAAAAUGGAAUUCCUGAAAUGGCCAGAUUUUAAAAUUGCACUUAAACCCCCUCCAGUCACAGUCUAUGCAAUGUGCUGAUUGGUUGUGCAGAUGCAAGGGAGCGCCCAGCCAAGGAGAAGAAGUGCUCCCCACACCGGAUUUUGCUGGACUCCACCAUCCUCUCCCCAGGUCCUGGCAGCUGAAGGCAGUAGCAUAAGCUUAGCCGCAUCACCCUGCAUGGUUGUGAAUUUCUGAUGGCAGCCAACCUUUGGGGCACUUGGUCACCCCCACGGCCACCACGCCCUUCAGGUGUCAGCCCGAGGGGCCACGGGAAGGACUGGAUAAUGUUCUUUGUGAUGACCAGCAGGAGUGUGAACUGUGGUGCCCUUCUAGCUCGAUUAAAGCAGUGAUUUGAUUACCAACAGAGGAAAGAAAGGAUAGAUUUGAAAGCUGGUAGAAGAUCAAGCCUGAAAAUGAGGAGGUACAUUUGGGCCAGGCAGACACCAGCCUGACAAAUAUUCCAGUGCUUGCUUUACUGUUCCUUGAGAAACUAAUUUUCAGUGGAGCUUGUCCAUCUGAUCGCUUCAGGCCAAGGGGUUAAAGGCAUGUAGAUGCUGAACUUGGUGGUGAGAAUUAGACAUGAAAGCAUCUGUCAAGAGCUAGAUCCUCCAUUGCUUUGGAAAUCUCCAGCACUUGGUUUAUCCAGAUGCUUAAAUGCCCUGCUGAUUCAAGACUGAUGUGCUCCCCCUGGUCACGGCUGUUGGAAGAGGCCUCUGUAACAGUGAAAAGCUUUGGAAAAGUUAAAACUUCCAAAAUUAGCCAUCCUGGUGUUGGACGGCAUCAGGGAGGGCUGCGUUGAAUCUGCCACCUCGUGAAGUUUCAAAGAAAUUGAGACUGAGAGCGACGAGGGGGAGGAAAAGGCUUUAGAGAACAAAAAAGCCCUGAACAGAGCAGCACUUAAUGUGAUUAAGUCUAUCACAGAGCUCAGUGCUCACACAAAGCCGGGCUGCUGGGCUGUGCGGUGACAGGGAUGCUGCUGCUGGAAGAGCUCCCUUCCCAGGGAGCUGCAGCCUGGGGCCAGCGGAACAGCGGCCCCUGAACUCGGCAUGCUCACCUGCACGGGUCACCUGCUGCUUCCCCAGCCUCUGUGUGCUCUGCCUCGGCCCAGCAAGCAAGAAAGGGAUAAUUCACAGAUUAAACACGGCAGGAAAAGGCUCUGCCUGACUGCUGAAGGCCAGGCAGGAGCUGAAAGCUGCUACCCCGGAUUUGUACCCCAGGUCCUACCAACACUUCCACCACAGCAGAGUUGGGAUGAAUGCAACAGGCACCCUGCAGAGGAGCAUCAGGGAGGAUCACAAGAAGCCGUCUGUGGCAUGGGACCAGCUCCAAAGCUCUCUUUCAGUGGACAUGGCUCUCAGAGAUGUGGGAAAUGCUACGUGGUCCGCACUAUUCUUCAAACCCAGAGAUAUCUAUGAAGAGGCUUUUGCUCAUGAUUGUUCCCCCUUGGGGAAAUGUUGCUGAAGUUUGUGUGCACUGGCCUGUGAGAGUGGUAGUUCAGGAUUCACUAUCAUCAUGAUAGUGCCUUGUAGAGAAGGGGCAAUGACAUUGCUGUGAACAAUUUUGCUGCAAGAGAAGCUUAAAACCAAAUCUCGUGUCGGUGUCACUUGGUGUGAAACACAGCAUUGUUGCACUCUGAUUUACUCCAGCUGAGGAUCUGCCCUACUGAUACGUCUGGGUGCUCCAGAGGCACAUUCCAGGAGGCUGGGAAGUUUUGCAUGGUCAGGGUUUCUGAACAGGUUAGAGAGGGUUCGCUUUGGCUGCUCUAGAGGGUUGGGAUUAUGAACCAUAUCUGUACAAGAAGAGUGGCAGACACUGUCUUCAUGUAUUUCUAAUUUGAUGAAUGUUUAAUGCUUCUUUAUUGGAGCCUACACAUAUGUCGAGGAGAGGACUUUAAGAAGGGGUUGACUUAUGUCAAAUAAUUUAUGUUUGAGCUGCUCCUUUUACAUGAAAUGCAGACUUUACAGAGCAAAGAGACUGUAAUGAAAAUAUGAAUUAAAGAUUAGAGCUAGGCAAGUCUGAGAACACUUAAAUAAAGAAAGAUGCUUACA